GCGCGUUCCACUCUCCGUGCAGCCGGAGAGGAGCCGCUAGACAGCCGCUAGAGAGACGCACACAUACAGCUGAGUUCGCUCCGUUUCCGCCUGCAGCUAGAGAAACGCCACUGCGGGAAGAUGGCGACGGACAAACAAAAACACGAAGGAAGAGUUAAAAUCGGACAUUACAUUCUCGGGGACACACUCGGAGUGGGGACGUUUGGAAAGGUUAAAGUGGGCCAGCAUGAGCUCACCAAGCACCAAGUGGCAGUGAAGAUCUUGAACCGGCAGAAGAUCCGCAGCUUGGACGUGGUGGGAAAAAUUCGUAGGGAGAUCCAGAACCUGAAGCUUUUUAGGCACCCUCACAUAAUUAAACUAUAUCAAGUUAUUAGCACCCCCACAGAUAUCUUCAUGGUCAUGGAAUAUGUCUCCGGUGGAGAGCUCUUCGAUUACAUCUGCAAAAAUGGAAAGCUGGAAGAGAAGGAGAGUCGUCGGCUGUUCCAGCAGAUUAUUUCUGCGGUGGACUACUGCCACAGACACAUGGUGGUACACCGAGACCUCAAGCCUGAGAAUGUGCUGCUCGAUGCACACAUGAACGCUAAAAUUGCAGAUUUUGGUCUGUCAAACAUGAUGUCAGAUGGAGAGUUUUUGAGAACAAGUUGUGGUUCUCCAAACUAUGCUGCUCCUGAGGUCAUUUCAGGAAGAUUGUAUGCUGGCCCAGAGGUGGAUAUAUGGAGUAGUGGUGUUAUUCUCUACGCUUUGUUGUGUGGGACACUCCCCUUUGAUGAUGAUCAUGUGCCAACACUCUUUAAAAAGAUUUGCGAUGGCAUCUUUUUCACGCCCCAGUAUCUGAACCCUCAAGUAGUUAGCCUCCUUAAACACAUGCUGCAAGUGGAUCCAAUGAAGAGGGCUACCAUUAAAGAGAUCCGAGAAGAUGAGUGGUUCAAACAUGAUCUACCCAAGUACUUGUUUCCCGAGGAUCCCUCCUACAGCAACAACAUGAUUGAUGACGAGGCCCUGAAGGAGGUCUGUGAGAAAUUUGAAUGCACAGAAGAGGAGGUACUUGCCUGCCUUUACAGUCGCAACCACCAGGACCCUUUAGCCGUCGCCUACCAUCUCAUUAUCGACAAUCGUCGCAUCAUGAGCGAAGCAAAGGACUUUUACCUGGCGUCAAGCCCUCCAGACUCUUUUCUAGACGACCAGCACCUGACUUCGUCCGGUGCAGCUGUGGCCGGCAUCAUCAAGCCGCACCCUGAGCGCGUGCCUUUUCUCGUGGCAGAAACGCCGCCCCGACCUCGCCACACGCUGGAUGAACUGAACCCCCAGAAGUCCAAACACCAGGGUGUUAGACGAGCCAAGUGGCACCUGGGGAUCCGCAGUCAGAGCCGACCCAACGACAUCAUGACAGAAGUGUGCCGGGCCAUGAAACAGCUGGAUUAUGAGUGGAAGGUUGUGAAUCCUUAUUAUCUGCGUGUGAGAAGGAAGAAUCCCGUUACAGGAAUGCAAACCAAGAUGAGCCUUCAACUCUACCAAGUGGACAGUAGAACCUACCUCCUCGACUUUCGUAGCAUAGACGAUGACAUGGUGGAGACUAAGUCUGGAACUGCAACUCCUCUCCGCUCCGGCUCUGUGAGCAACUACCGCACCUCUGCAAAGAACGACAUAGACAGGGGAGAUGUUUCAGCCACAUCCGACUCUGCGCAGCCCACCAAGACCGCCGAAGGUUCCUUAGGGUCGUCCUUGACUUCCUCCAUUGAUUCAACAGGAGGGGGAGACAACACAUCUUCCCCUCGACCAGGAAGUCACACCAUCGAGUUCUUUGAAAUGUGCGCAAAUCUAAUUAAACUACUUGCACGAUAGCUUGCAAAACAAUCAUUGCUAGCCUUUUCUUCUCUGAGUGUCUUUAUAGCAAUAAGCAUGCAACCGAUUCAUGGCUUACUUCAUCCUGGCUGAGGAUGAAGAGGUUGUUCCAUGGCAGGUUGGUGUUCCCUCAUCUGUAGGGAUUUAUACUGAGCUGACUGGGUCUGUAGGAAUUAUUCAGGAAGAGCUACUAGCUAGGACAGAACAACAUUUGACGGGGGGGUCUUCAAAUUUUCCAAUUAUUUUAAAAGCAGAUGUCCACAUCCCACCUAUACAUCAUGCGGAAGUGAUAACACUGAACGUUCUGUACUGUAGCCUGUGAGGUGAGCUUUUCCCUACAGAGAACAAGAUCGCAUUUUUUUAUUUUUUUUGCCUGCAGAGGAGGAAGCCACAUGUUAAGAACUCGGGUGACAGUCAUAGGAUGCAGGAAGCACUUUUGCACAAGUUUCUGUAAUAUUCUGCUGCUUUUUUUUUUUGUUUGUUUCUUUCCAGUAGGGGCCAGAGAAGUGGCGCAGAAAGAUGGGGGCGCUGCGGUGUCCCCCAUUUUUCUGCCACGUGUCAGGGACAAACGAAUGCUUCAACAGAUUAGUUUUUAUUUUUGUUCUUAAAUGUCAGAUGCUCAUGUUUUGUCCUUGGUGUGAACAGUUGUUUGAAUGUGUUUGUCCCCCUUUGUUUUAUAUACAAAGACCUGAACAUAUUUAUCAAUGCAUUUAGGUGGUUGAAGACUUUUUUUUAUUAUUAAUCUCUAUUGCUGGAUGAUUGAAUAUAAUUGUAUAGUUCUUAUUUCUUUUACUGUUUUUAAGUCUGUCACAAUUUUGUUUUCCUUCAAUCACAAUUAUUCUGAUACUUGAUUGUCUUUCUAGAAAACUAGAUUUUACCAUUUAGAUGUUUUGCUAUGACAGUCAUAAUCUAGAAAUAUAUCAUUUUCAGUGUAACGUUUUAAAACAAGUUGAUUAUGACUUUUUGUUUAUAGUUUUUUUUCCUCAUUUUGGAUUAAUGAACAUGAUUUAAAUUUAAGUGAGUGAAAUGCCUUUUGCCUAAGUUCAUUUCAUACAUGCCAAUCAGUCAGAGUUUUAAAUGAAUAGCAGUUCCAUGCAGUGUGUCGACAGCGUCUGUUGGCAGGUGAAUACAGCUGACUUUUUAUUUUUUGCUUUUUGUUCACACAUUCCUUUUGAAGGUUUGACGUUUAACCCACUAUCCUCCAAACUUGCAAGCUUGAAAUUUUCAGGUACUGUAAAUGUUGACCGGGAAACAAAAUGUUUAGGAAUGUAAACAAGAUUAAUGUUUGAUAAAAACUGUCAGAACAAUAAAUUUGCAAGUUAAAGGUCUUAGAUGUGUUUUUAGCUACAGUGCAGCUCAUUCCCUUUCCUAUCCACAGUCUUAAAGUUUUCAGCUGUGUCUGCCUUAUCACUCUGUACAGUUCAAUUUUUUUUUUUUUUUGGAAGUUUGACAUAACUGAUCAGAUUUAUUGGCUAACUUAUUUUAAAAGUUGAAAUCCACAUUUUAUAUUUUCAUUGUUUUAAUAGCACAGCUAGUUUAAAAGUUAAGCCUUAUUUUGUCAUUUAAAGAAAAAAAAUUCCUGAAUGUUGCCAGACUUAAUGACAUCAGCAACAGUUAACUUCAUUAUUAAUGAUAGAAGUGAAGUAUGAGUGAAAUUUGUUUCUAGAGAUUUUUUUAAAUUAUUUUUAUCUUUGGAUUUCGGAAUGUUGCACAUUUCUGAUGAAAGACCUAAAGUUUGAUUUGGUUUUGAUAUGAAGUAUGGCUCUCUGCAGCUUUAAUGAUUCAAACUGAUUUAUGCACUUGAUUUAGAUUUUAGAGGUAUGUUCACAAAAUUGCUAAGCGUGACAACAAUUGUCCAUGUUUUCUUUUACUGUACCAACGAGCCUGACCUAAAAUUUUUAGUUGACUUUUGACUUGUACUUCUCCGUUUUAACCAGAGUUAAAAGCAAUUAUUAAAGACACGUUAAAACCUAACCCUUUUUUUUUUUUAAGUUUUAGACCAUUACAAGUGUUGUAAACAAAAACUUGUCAUGCUGUAUGUGAUGGGAUUUGUUGGAAAGAUGAAUGUGUGCAAAAAUAAAAACAUUUUGCCAGCUUUUGACAAAAAAAAAUCUCCGGAGAGACUUAAGUUUUAUGUCUGAUGGAGCAGUUUCCAAACAUUGCUCUGUUUUUGUUUGGUGUGAAAGAGAGCCCUAAUGAAUGGAUCGUUGAAUGAAAAGCAUUGAGUCAUUUGUAUACACGAUGGCCUAAUAAACUGCUAAUAAAUUAUA